AUGGAGCAGUGUGCAAACGUUGAGACUCACAACCAGCUGAAUGGUGAUGAUGCAGACAUGACUUUUUCAAAGCAACUGUUGGACCUUGGUAAUGGUACUUCGGUUGGCGAGAAGGAUGGUUGGGCAAGCUUGCCUUUUGGACAUAUGGUAUCUGCUUUAAAGGAACUAAUGAAUAAGGUGUUUCCACAUCAAAGGAAUCACUUUACAGACCACAACUGGCUGAAAACCCGUGCCAUUUUAGUUCCAAAGAAUGUGGCAGUUGAUGAUUUGAACAUCAAACUUCUGGAACAGUUGCCAGGUGAGUGUCACAUCUUCAAUUCCAUUGACGCUGUAUUCAACAUCGAUGAAGCUGUGAAUUAUCCAGUUGAAUUCUUGAAUAGUCUAAUACCACCCGGCCUCCCGCCUCACAACUUUCACCUCAAGAUUGGGGCACUAGUUAUGCUCCAUCGAAACCUCAAUCCACCAAAGCUUUGCAAUGGCACACGACUUAUAAUACAGAAGAUGAUGCCAACAGUCUUGGAGACAACAAUUUUGACUGAUAAAGCAAGCGGUGAGCCUGUAUUCAUUCCUAGAAUUCCACUGAUUCUCUCGGAUAUACCUUUCCAGUACAAGCACCUGCAAUUCCCGUUGAAACUGAGCUUUGCAAUGACCAUUAACAAGGCCCAGGGGGAGUCCUUAGAUGUGGUAGGUCUGAACAUGGACAACUUUAUGUGGGAUCCUCAAGAGUUGGAAAUCCUAAUUAUUUGUUUAUUUAUGCCCCACAAGGAAAGACCAAAAAUGUUGAUUAUCAAGAAGCUCAUGGCCGCAGCUCUGAGCUGA